ACAAACCACAACUUUAGAAAGACAAGAACAAGAAGAAGUUUGCAUAAUACAAGAUGUCUUCCAGUAGGCCUACAAUAAGCAAUACAACCAAGCUAAUCUUGGUUGGUGGUAUGCUAGCUUCAGGUGUUUGCAAUACCAUUCUCAACAAGUAUCAAGACAUGCAGUGUGUUGCAAACUGUGAAGAUCCUGAUCCAACAAAGAGAGAAUUUUUUGAACAACCAAUCUGGCAAACUUUAAAUAUGUUUGUUGGCGAGACUGGAGUAUGGAUUGUGUAUUUUUAUCAAAUGUGGGAACAUCGUCAAAAGUUGGCUUCUUCGUCUGGAAUUCCACCUUCUGCUGUUAACCAACUCGAUGCUGCUGCUAUUGUGGAUGACGUGGAUACUCAAAUCAAGCCAAACACACCAGAAUUAAAGGGCAUCAAAUCAUUGCUGUUCUGGAUUCCCACCCUCUGUGAUCUCACAGCCACAACUGUGAUGAAUGUGGGAUUGCUUUUGACUUCCGCAAGUGUGUAUCAGAUGCUGCGAGGUGCUGUUGUUAUCUUUACCGGACUAUUUAGCUAUUUGUUCCUGAAUCGCCGGUUACGCGCCUACGAAUGGUUCUCAUUGGUGCUUGUGGUCACGGGUGUCGGUAUCGUUGGUCUCUCAUCCGUACUUUAUCCCCAAAAGAGACCAUCUGCGACUUCUUUAAACAACAAUGGAUUGAUUGGGUCAGAUGAGGAUUUCAAGGCAUUGCUUGGUGUCGGCUUGGUAUUGGGUGCCCAGCUGUUUACUGCCACUCAGUUUGUGAUCGAGGAAAAGAUCAUGAUGCACUACAAGGUCACUCCUCUCAAGGCAGUCGGACUCGAAGGCAGCUUUGGUCUCUUGUCGGUCCUGAUGGCCAUGCCGAUUCUGGAUUUCUUGCUUGGUAGCCAGCACCCGUUCUUCAAUAUCUCCAAAGGUUUCCAUGACUUUUUUGACAAUCCUGUUGUCUGGCAGACCGGUCUUGCCAUCAGUUUCUCAAUCGCCUUUUUCAAUUGGUUUGGACUCUCGAUUACUUCUAGCGUGUCGGCCACAUCCCGAAGCACAAUCGAUGCAUGCAGAACACUCUUUAUCUGGAUGGUAUCGCUUUACUUGGGCUGGGAGCAAUUUUCCGGUAUCCAGGUUGUUGGCUUUGUAGUCAUGGUGAUUGGUACAUUUUAUUUCAACGGUGUGCUCCGAUGGCCCUUGGUCAAGUCCGAUGAAGAUGAUACUCUUGAUGAAACUGCUCCGCUCUUGUCAACCGAAGAAUCAUAAUUUUUUUUAUUUUAUUUUUCAAAAAGAAAAUAAUACCCACAAACACACACAUUUAUAUAUAUAUAUAAUUCAAACAAACAAUUAAACAAAGAGUCUUGAUUUUUUUCUAUUGAAAAAUACCUGUAGAUUUAUAUUUUGAUAUAAAUAUGUAUAUUGAAUAAACCAAAGAAGAAGAAGAAGAAGAAGAAAAAGGGAGAAAAGAAGAAAGGGUGCAAUGUAAUGUAAUGUAAUGUAAUGUAACGUAUCGUAACGUAGCGUAACAUAGUGAAUUGUAAGUUUAACGGCUGUGUAAAGGAUACUAACAAGUAGUAGAAAGAAGGGUAAUGGUGAUAGUAACAGUAGGACUGACAAACAGAAUAAGAUAGAUAGGUAAAUGUAUGUAUGUGUGUAUGUAUGAUAUGUAUGGUAUGGUAUGCAUGGUAUGGUAUGAAGGAAUGAAGGAAUGAAGGAAUGAAUGAGAGUGUUGUAUAUCAACAUAAGAAAAAGAAAGGGAAUCAAGAUGAAAAGGUAAUGAUGAUAAAGAGAGCGAUUAAUGCCAUCAGGACCGAACUAGUGGUAACGAUCACUAUUCCUCGACUGGCUGGAAAAUACCCUUUGAUCAUAGAAGCCUGGACAUGGAAAUAGCGCACGAACGCAAACAUCAAGAACAUCAUACCCAUCAGAAUAAAGCACAAGCCAACCGGUCUUCCAAACCACAAAAGACUUCCGUCCCUAAUUGAUUUAUCCAAUCGAAAGAACUGUGUGAUGGCUACAAAACAAUAUAAAUAAUAAUUUUUUUUUGAAACGCCUAUAUAUUAUAUAUAUAUAUAUAUAUAUUUAUUUGAACCACCCUCCCAAAAAAGAAAAGAAAAAAAUGAUUCCUUAUUUUAUUGACUAUUCCUUACCAACUCCACAAGAAAUGGUCGCAAGGCUUGUGCGUAACCAGGCUAGGUAUGUACGCUCAUUUGCCAGAUGAUCUCUUGCAACACUGUUCUUAUUCUCUAGGUACCUUGAUGUAGAGUAUUCUUCAAUAAAUUCUUCCAAAAAAGUCAACCAGGGGUGAGGAGGUCGGGUUGGACAUUCUGAAGCAAGUUUCAGCGCUGUCUUGGAAGAAGAAGAAGAAGAAUAUGAUGAUGAUGAUGAUGCUAAUAGUGCUGUUGUUUCAGUUGCUGCCUCUGCCUCUGUUAUAGCAGAAGAGGAAGACUGAGGUGGAUCUUGGGUACCGCCAUUAUUGAUACUAGUGAU